AUGCACCUUGAAGAACCUGAUUUUUGGACACUUCUAAUACCUGAUGAGAUAUCUGCUUUUGUGGAUAAUAGAAAUCGCUUCUACGUCACUGUUGUUGCGGAUUUUCUGUUACUCGGUAAGAUUCGUUCAGAUAUUCUCUUUGAUAAUGAAGGUGGGAGAAAGAUGGAAGACAGUGCGGUCGAUAAGUUGAAUGAUUUUGAGGAGAUGAUGCGAAAUCCAUCGCUGAUCUAUAAAAUCAUUCAACAACUGUUCGAGAAAUGGAGACAUAUGAACAGAACUUGCAUUUUUGCGAACAGACAGACAUAG